AGAGUAUCCAAAAGGUCGUGUCCACCUCCCCUGUCACCCUUCCCUGUCCCAGCUAUGGCUGCACUCCUCUUCCGUGGGUCCCUGCGCUUGGGGGUCGGCUUAUGCGCGCCGUGUCCAUUGCGGUCCGCGAGAUGGGAGAAAGCUGGAGAAGUGUCUAGAGAGCUUUGGGAAAAAGCUGGAAAACAAGGACUGCUCGGUAUCAACACUGAAGAGCAUCAUGGUGGCGUCGGUGGGGACUUGUACUCAGCAGCCGUUGUCUGGGAGGAGCAAUCAUAUUCAAAUUGUACAGGCCCAGGGUUCAGUAUUCAUUCAAAUAUUGUAAUGCCCUACAUUACGAGCUAUGGCUCAGAAGAACAAAUUAAGCGCUUCAUCCCCCAGAUGACUGCAGGGAAAUGUAUCGGCGCUAUAGCAAUGACAGAGCCCAGUUCUGGAAGUGAUUUGAAAGGAAUACGAACAAAUGCCAAAAAGGAUGGAAGUGACUGGAUUCUAAAUGGAAGCAAGGUAUUCAUCUCUAAUGGGUGGCUAUGCGACGUUGUGUUGGUACUGUCAGUCACGAGUCAUGAGACUCGCUCUCCUUCCCAUGGCUUUAGCUUUUUUCUGGUGGAAAAUGGAAUGAAAGGAUUUAUCAAGGGACGAAAGCUACAAAAAAUGGGACUAAAAGCCCAGGAUACUGCAGAAUUAUUCUUUGAAGAUGUACGGUUGCCAGCAAGUGCCCUACUUGGAGAAGAGAAUAGAGGCUUCUAUUACGCCCGGCAACAGCUUUCACAGGAAAGGCUACUAAUUGCUGACUUUGGAGUUUCAGCCAGUGAAUUCAUGUUUGAAGAAACCAGGAACUACGUUAAACAAAGAAAAGCUUUUGGGAAAACACUUGGACAUAUGCAGACAGUACAGCAUAAGCUAGCAGAAUUAAAAACACGCAUCUGUGUAACCAGAGCUUUUGUGGACAGCUGUCUCCAGCUGCAUGAAGAGAAACGUCUGGACCCCGGCACCGCUGCCAUGGCGAAAUAUUGGGCAUCUGAGGUACAAAACAGUGUUGCCGCUGACUGUGUACAGCUCCAUGGAGGCUGGGGAUACAUGUGGGAGUACCCAAUUUCAAAAGCUUAUGUGGAUGCCCGAAUUCAGACAAUCUAUGGUGGUGCCAAUGAAAUAAUGAAGGAGCUGAUUGCAAAGGAUAUCAUCCAUGACUAACAGACAUCUGCCCACAUCCUGGAAUCCUAUUACGACUAAUCUGGUUUUAAAUCUACUCAAAACAAAACGCAACCUGGAGAGGGAGGAAACACUAAACAUGUUUUUGUAUGCUGUCUUAUAGAGAAAGAAACCAAAUGCAAAUAUAAGAUUAACACAGUGGGAGGAGAAAUCUUUGAAUCCAAGAUUCUAAAAUUCCCCAACAUAAGGUUUAAAUGUUAAUUUUUUUUUUGUAUAGUUAAAAGGCAAAGAUUUCCUGAUUCUAGAAGCCUUACUGUUUCAUUUACCCCAAAAAUUCUUAGAAAACAGAAUUUAUUAAAUGUUUAAAAUUGAGGCAGAAAUACUUUUGUUAUACUAUAAAAUCAUUAACAAUACAGCGCAUUGACAUUGAAAGGAAAAGAAAUAUAAUUUAGAAUACAAAAUAAUUUCAGCUAUGUUUUGCUCUAAAUUCCCCAGAACAGUGGAAUUCUACCACCCCACCCUAAGCCUCUGUUCUUAAGUCAUGGAACCCUUUCUUCAAACUGAGAAAGUUUAUGCAGAGAGUCCCUGUUACAUGCAGAUGAAUGAACUCUAGUUGAAACAGGAAGCCUUCCCAGCACUUAGCUAAGCAUUUGCCUAACCCCACUAGAGAAUGUCAUUGGUUCUGUCAUCUACUGACACUUGGACUUUCAACAGAUUUCCAUCUUAGUUUUACAGGAGAACACAGAAUAAUUCAUUAUCCUUUAGUUUUAAGAUUUUGGUAUAUUUUAUAUGUAUCAAAAGAGUGACUUUUAUUGUAGAACAGUGUACUUUUAAAAUUAAUUCAAUAAAUAUUUUAUGUCUUCUAUACUCCAGGCUGUUAAAAAUAUGAUGGCAAAUGAAACUGGCAAGGUUCGCUAAUGGGUGAAUAAAUAAGUUAUAAUUAAAAAAGAAGUAAAUAAACAAGUUCAAACCAUGAUAAGUGCAAUAAAAGGGAGAAAGUAAGCAUUUAAAAUAGGAAAGUGAGGUAACGGCGUUCGAUUUGAGACUAAAAGUAAUUAUAAUUAAACAAAAAUAAAGCAUUAAUUUAAUUUGUAAAGACUUGGGAUCAUUUCAGUACUUGUUUUCCUUUGCAUAUACUGGUGAGACAGUGAAUAAAGUAGUUUUUACAAGGAAA